CUUUCCGACCUUCAGAUAAACGCAACAUGUCCAACACGAACUACACCCCCUUGAGCGACAUUCCCAAGAUCCGCAACGCGGUCAAGGACACCUUCAAGUCUGGCACCACGCGCCCCAUAGCAUGGCGGAAGCAUCAGCUGCUGCAGCUCGCGCGUCUGUCGCAGGAGAACGCGGACGCGAUUGUCGAGGCACUCAGCAAGGACCUCAGAAAGCCGCGCCUUGAGUCGCUCAUGAUCGAAGUUGGUCUCAUCGUCGACCGGAGCAUCAAGAGUGCGGCGCAGCUCGACGAGUGGGCGGCACCGGAGCACCCAGAGGUUGUGGACUUCAUGAAGCCAUGGCAACCAACGAUCUACAAGGCCCCUAAGGGCGCCGUGCUUAUCUUCGCACCAUGGAACUACCCCUACGUCCUCCUCAUGCAACCCUUCAUGGGUGCCAUCGCCGCAGGCUGCACGGCCGUGAUCAAGCCCUCCGAGGUCUCGUCGCAUACUGCCGAACUCAUCAAGGAUCUUCUGCCCAAGUACCUCGACAACGAUGCGUUCAAGGUCGUCACCGGCGGCCCGGAGGAGUCCACCGCGCUGCUGGAGCAGCAGUGGGACCACAUAUUCUACACUGGCAACGGCACCAUCGGACGCGUGAUUGCGACCGCUGGUGCUAAGUAUCUCACGCCGGUCACGCUCGAGCUUGGCGGGAAGGCACCGACAUAUGUCGAUGACACCACUGACUUGGAUCUUGCUGCGAAGCGUAUUCUGUGGGGCAAACUUGGGACGGCUGGUCAGCUGUGUGUUGCUCCCGACUACGUCCUCUGCCACCGCUCAAAAGUGAACGACCUGGCGGCAGCAUUCAAGAAGCAGGCAGUUACCUUCUUCCCCAACGGCGCACUCGGGAGCCCUGACAUCGCCAAGAUCAUCUCGAAGCGCCAUCAUGACCGUCUCAAGGGCCUCCUCUCGCGUACCAAGGGCCAAGUCGUGUUUGGUGGGCGGACUGACGACGCUACCCUUGACUUUGAGCCGACGAUUGUUGUGGGUGUGGAUGAGAAGGACUCGCUUAUGGAAGAGGAGCUUUUUGGGCCCAUCAUGCCCAUUAUUGCAGUAGAAGAUCUGGAUGAUGCGAUCCGGUUCAUCACUAAUCGCCCACAUGCCCUCGUUCUGUACGCCUUCACGGACCAUCAGAGCGCUAAACAGCGUCUCAUCGAGGAGACGCAAAGUGGUGCAAUCGUAUUCAACGACACUGUCCAGCAGCUGGCAGUUGGUGAGCUACCAAACGCUGGUGUCGGUGCAUCGGGCUACGGCGAGCAGUUCUUGAAGUACUCGUUCAGCGCGUUCACUCAGCUUCGGAGUUCUAUCGACAUGCCCAAGGAAGCCGAGCCGUUCCUUGCAUUGCGGUACCCUCCGUACACCGAGCAGGGCAUACAGGUUCUCGGUGGAUCUGCCUUCCAGCCCAUUCCUGCCAGCACACCUACAGGUAAAUAAGCGCCGAAGGAGUCAAUGGGCUAUUGACUCAUGGACAUUAUAAAAUAUACGAACUCGAAUGUAAAACGUUGUAUACCCACGGAGACAUGUAUGUAGUAUAAAUGGC